AUGCCCUGGCAGGGAAGGUAUCCUUUGAACAGAGCUGUGUCGUCUAGCAAUAUCUCAACAGAGAUAGUUCAGUUCCUGCUGGAUAAUGGCGCAGAUAUCGAUUUAGCGAAUCGUCAUCCUGGCCUCCUGUUAAACGAAGCAUAUCAUGGCACAAUUUAUACUUUGCGUCUAUUGCUUGACCGUGGAUUAACCUAUCCGCCAGAUGACUUUGAGAGAUGGUUUGGAAUAUUGGUUGACGGGUGUCCAGUCGAGACGGUGCAUCUGUUGCUCGAAUACGGUUAUACGUCGAAUAUCGAGAUGCUGUCGAUUGCGAUAAGAGUUCAGCGGGGAAAUAUCCUGCAGCUCCUCAUUGAUAGCGGUAUUGAUCUAAAUAUGAGAGAUACGAGAGGGUUUACUCUUCUUCACACGGCUAUCUUUCGCUGUAUACCCUCAGACCCGCCAAUUAGAAUCGGUCACGGGAGCAUAGUAUGUCGUCGGCCGGGUAGGAAGAGUCUGGUACGUAAAAUAGAAACUGGUCCGCAGCGGGUCUCACCUCCAUGUAUGAGUGACAAGGUUGAAAAGUACGCCCCGGAGGAAAUCGGGCACUGUCUGAUCCGCGGAGGUGCAGACUGCAAUACCCAGGACGCGCGGGGGCGCACCCCGCUGGCUCUCGCCAGAAAAUGUUCUCCGGCGAUACAGCAGAUUCUUGUCGAUGGUGGAGGUGAAUAG